UGCAUUGUGAAAAACCUGUUUCACAAAAUGGCAUCAAACUAUUGAAAUCUGUAGUGUUGUCUGGGAUAAAAAAAACCCAAAUUGCAAAAUGAAACAGAUUUAUUUGGACAAUUUUUGUCCCAGCUGUUUAAUGUCAGGGAGGGGGAAUACACCACAAGUGGAUGAAAUGGUGGGACGCUGUUUACAACUUAAGUGACAAAGCUGUAGAAUGCCUACCUUGUACGUCUAGUCUCUGAAUAUAUUCUGGGGUAUUGGAUGAGGGUUAAAUUAUGCUGUCUGUUGCAUAAAAUAUGUUCUUGAUGUUCUUGUUUUAAACCUACUCAAUUCACAAAUGUUGGUAGACUUGUCUGGUAACUCUCCCAGUUUUUCUUAAUCUCUCUUUACGGCUGGGUUUUUACAGAAUAAUUUUCUUUGGGCGAUUAAGUGUUUUAUAUAGAGUUGUUAACAGUCUUCUGUCAAGAACAAACAUUCUCUAUAAAGUCUGAGGCCUUUUUCAUAUUGUUCCUUGUUAUAUUCCAAGGGCAAAAGCCAAGUGGCUUUUCUAACAUACUACUAAUCAUACUAUGGUCUCAAAUACUGUCCUAAUUCCUCUGACUCCUGAAUCCUCUAACUCUUGUCCUAAGUUUCAUCACUGGAAAAUGAGAGCAGAGUUGAAAUAUGAACAAGCUGAAGUCUUAUUGUGAAGAUUACAUUGCCCUGUUAUUGGUCUCUGGUAUAUGAUGCUUCCUGCUUGUGUUAAGUAUGCUACUGAGGGCCCAUGUAAUAUUCCAAAACCAGGUGUGCUAGACUUUGUCAACAAGGCCAAAUGGGAUGCGUGGAAUUCACUUGGUACUUUGCCACAGGAAAGUGCGAGGCAGAAAUACAUUGAACUCGUGUCUAGUUUGGUUUCUGCACAGUCAUCUGAGGCUAACGGAACACCUCCUGGUAGCAAAUCUGACUAUGAGACACUGCUGGUUACUACUAAAGACAACAUCACAAAGAUUGUUUUGAAUCGCCCUAAAGUGAAGAAUGCUAUCAACAAAAAGAUGUAUAAUGAAAUCAUUGAAGCACUUGAGGAAGCAGCAAAGGAUGACUCUGUUAUAACAGUUAUUACAGGCAGUGGAGAUUACUACAGCAGUGGAAAUGAUUUGAACAACUAUGCCAACAUCCCAACAGAUAAUAUAGAGGAGGAAGCAAAGAAGAGUGCACAGAAUCUGAAAAACUUUGUUGACCAUUUUAUUGAUUUUCCUAAGCCAUUGAUUGCCGUUGUGAAUGGGCCAGCUGUUGGAAUCUCCGUGACUCUCCUUGGACUGUUUGACAUUGUAUAUGCUACUGACAGAGCUACAUUUCACACACCUUUUAGCAACCUGGGUCUGAGUCCAGAAGGAUGUUCCUCAUAUACAUUUCCCAAAAUUAUGGGUUUAGCCAAGGCUGCUGAGGUGCUGCUUUUCAACAAGAAGCUGACUGCUGCAGAAGCCUGUUCCCAGGGGCUUGUGACAGAGGUUUUUCCUGACAAUGCUUUCCAGAAAGAAGUGUGGAUAAGAUUGAAGGAAUAUGCAAGCCUUCCGAGAAACUCCUUGACAGUCUCCAAGCAGUUGCUACGAAGCAUGGACAAAGAUAAGCUACAUGAAGUUAACUCUCAAGAGUGUGUGUGCCUCCAAGAAAGAUGGACGUCUGAUGAGUGCUUGAAUGCUGUAGUGAGCUUCUUUCAAAAGAAAUCAAAACUGUGAUGUCUUCCCAGUCAUACACGAAGCAUUUCUAUAAAACUAGUUUCUUUACUGCAGGAACAAUUGUCAUUAAAUUAAUAGUUCAGAUGCGUAUCCAGAUUGUGCCUUAAUGCUGAUAAGGAUAAUCCACUUAAUAUAUUGAUGACACCAUUACUGAAAUCACAAAGUUACUAAAGUUGCAGAGUUUUUUGUCUUUCGGAAUUUGGGUGUGACAUAUUUGGACAUGAACUUGUGAUGCCAAAAACAUCGCAUACUUCUUUCUGGCCCAUUAGGUGGGAAAGCACUCAUUGCUUUACAUGCUGAGCUGACCUCUUUGAAUACGAUAAUCACUGUUUGUCUUCCGAAAGGGACCACUGAUUCAAUCUCACCAAAUUUCACAAGCUCUUGCAGAACUGAUUUCUGGUCAUACUGUGUUGACAUGCUCUUUGGUGUCCAUCUGUUGUAAAGAGGGAAAGGUGUCAUUAUUUGUGUUAGAAAAUUUGAAUAAAUAUAUAUUCUUUACAAAUGUUUAUGUUAAGAAUAAAUGCUGUGCAGCUUUAUAACAAU